AAUAUCACAAGCCAUGAAUAUGGAAGCUGCUGUAACAGAGCGCUUACAAAAACUGAGACAGUGGCAAGCAGAACAGCAGGAGAAACUUUUCAAGGAGCAACAGAUGCAAAGGGAGAUUUUGAGUCACGAACAGGAUCGUAUUUACAAAGCACUCGGUAUUUCUGUACAUGAUCUUCAAGACAUCAUGGAGAAUACAGAUAAUGAGUUAAUUAUUCACAGCAUGAUAAAUGAGGGUGAAAUAAUGUCAAAAAGUUUGGACGGUGCUUUAAGCGAAACAAAGAAACGAAUAGUAAAAAAUAUUAACGCUUCCUGUGAAGACCACAAUAAUGAAGAAGAAGAAGAAGAAACCGAGGUCUCUAAUUGUAUGUCUGAAGCCGUCAAUAGCAGCAGAAAUUCUACGAAGGAUCUUAGUUUCAGUAUAUUGCAAAAGAAACAAUUGGACGCUAAUAUGUUGAUAGAAGGAGUAGCUCCGUUGUCGCUGACUAAUGUAGCGUCGAAUAAACAUGUCUCCCUGGAUGAUAUGCCUGUUCCUUCGUCUAAGAAAGAUUUCCAGACGUUACUGGAAGAGAAAUUGAACGGAGAAUCUGCAGUCUUGCCAAGCAGCGACUCGCAGACCAAGACAAAGAAACCAUUCCUGAGGAAGGGUCAAGGUUUAUCGAGGUUUAAGAUUUCUGCCCACCCAACGACUGCGAGAAGGCGUAGUGCAUCUUUGUCCGUUAACACGCAACAUGUCGACAGAACAGAUAGAAGCACCAAAGCCACAGUGGAAAAAGAUGCACUCUCGGAGCAGAAAUUAAAUAGAAAGCAGCAAUCGUCUUCUGUCCUGUCGUCGAGAGGAAAAGUUUCUCAUAAAUCUGUCACACCUGUUAAACGAGCGACCACUACUCCUAACGGAGCUAGACAUCUCGCGGAAACAAGCGUUUCCGAUUUCGACUCGAAGGUGCAGAGGGAACUGGAGGAGGUAAGAAUAUUUGAGCUCUUGGAGGAAAAGGCGGAGAACUCGAGUUUCUGUUCGACGUCGAGCACAGUACUUGCGUUUUUGCAGCAGUCCACGCCGUUUAAAGUGAGGGAAAGGCUGAACCGCUCAGAAAGCGAGGUCGGUGUCGCGGUGAGCACGAAGCAACGGCACGAGCGACUGAGCGCAGCACGCCGAUGUGAGCGAUUCGAAUCUCCUCAGCGUUCUUACACCGCCGGUGUUAUUCACUCCUACUGGGAUACGAUAACUAUCGAUGACUCGGCGGAAGAAGAGGCGCCGAAGCGUCCUCCGAUGAUCGAUGAGAUUUCACGAAGCGACGAAGAUCGCCACACACCGUGCGACGAACGUGCCGGCACCUGCCUGUCGUUGACGGACAGCGACGAGGAGAGAGACGUUACCAUGGAGGAUCCUCGCGACGAUCAUCCGGACUCGGCGAGCCACCGCGUCAGGUUCUCGGAACACAACGAGUACAGAACGAUAGACCUGGGGAACGCCUCCAACGCGUCGAGCAGAUCCUCGGUGGGAUGUUACCUCGAGCGAGAGAACGGUAAGGAGCGUUCCACCACUUCGUCGGAAUCGUCCGACGUGUCCGAUCGGGAAGUGAACGGCAAUGAGAGGGCGGUCAACGCGUCGAUACAGUUGUCUUUGCAGCAGAGUAUCACGGAGAACUCGUAUUAUCGGAUAAUGAAAGCGUUGAGUGUCUCCGAGGAAGACAACUCUGCGGGCUGCGAGGACGAAUCGCCUGGCGGCGAUAACGAAAAAGUCGUCGAAGCGUACGACGAGGAGCAACCAUCCGUCUUAUCAUCGUCGUCGUCGUCAUUGUCGUCAUUGUCCGAUGUUCACCGGGAGUCGACUCAGAGAAAAGAAUACGCGCUGAAGAGCGAGCCAGCGACGGAGAAGGCUGACAAGACCUUCGAACCGGAACUCCUGAAGAGCCGUCUGUUGGAACUGGAGAAGGAGAUCGACAUAUUUCGGAAGGAGAGUUCGGCCCUGCUGCUGCAACGCCGGAAGCUGCAGGAAGACCAGACGACGCUGCGCAAGGAGUACGCGGAGAAGGAGAGGAGUUUCGAGGAGAGCAAGAGAAGAGUGCAGAUUCAGUUGGAGGAGGAAAAGAAGAGGCUGGCGCGCGAGAAGGCGGCGAUGGAGAGCAGAAUUCGGGACGCUCAGGAGAAGGCGAGGCAGAACAAGGCGGAGAGGCGGAAGGCGCAGAGUCUGGAGGACGAAUUGGAGAGACUGAGGGACGAAUUGAACAUCAAGGAGAGCAGGUGGAGCGCCGCCGAAUCGCGGCACAAGAGCGAACUGCGCGCGCUACGAACGGAAAUCUCGAAGCUGAAGCAAGAAAUAGCGAGUAUGCAAGCCGCCAAGAGAACGAACUUGAAGAACGCCCGAAAGACAGGGCAGGCAGUGCCCGCGAAGACUGCCGAUCGCCGUGUUAACAAACCCGUCGUCGCGACUUCCGCCAGGGAAAACGCCCCAGCGAAAACGCCCCGACGAUCGUCGGCCGUCUCGCCGGACGUUUCUGUGCACGAGGAAGACGACGAGGAGGAAAAGAACGAAGACGAGCCGGCCGCGAGAGCGUCCGAUGGGAGCCGAGCGGGCGACCACGCAGCCCCGAAGAAGAGGGAAUCCAAGCGAGAACGGGAGGUCGCGUCGAAGUGCAGCGAAAAAUCCGCGAACGAGGCGCGGCGCAAGCGGGAUCUCUACAAAAAUUUACUGAACGACGCUAUGUCGGAUCUCCUGGCGAACCCGAGCUCGCCUUACGUUGCUACGCAGGAUGCGAGCGCGCAACACGGCGAUGAAUCCUGCCCCAGUUCGGCGAACGAGAAUCUCGAGGGUGCAACGGCGAACAUUACAGAACGUUGCAACAGGUCGUGCCGGGUGGACGAUGACGAGGAGGACGCGGCGGGAGCGCAAGAUCGAGAUGUGUCGCUUCGUCGGCGAGCCGGCAGCGCACCGAACACCAGCAAGGAUAUCGUGAGGCAGAUCGAACAUUCGGACGGACGGAUUGAAUACUGGUAUCCGAACGGCAACGUGAAGAAGGUCUUCCCCGAGCAAGGAAUGACGAAGAUGAUCUAUUACAACGGAGACGUCCGCGAGACCGAGCGGGACGGCCGGGUCAAGUACUUUUACGCCACGACUCGCACGUGGCACACCACCACCCCCGACGGCCUGGAGAUCUUGGAGUUUCCCGACGGUCAGGUGGAGAGGCGCACAUCCGACGGUACUGUCCAGGUAUCCUUCCCGGACGGCGCUACGCGAAUAGCGCAGGCGAACGGCACGGAGAAGUGGAUGUUACCGGACGGCACGGUGGCGCAGACCUUCGUCAACGGCGACAAGGUCCUCACCUUUCCAAAUGGCCAAAGAGAAGUCCACACGAAGGAGCACAAGAGACGAGAAUAUCCCGAUGGCACUGUGAAGCUGGUGUACGCGGAUGGUACCCAAGAAACGCGUUAUUCCAGCGGGAGGAAAAGACUAAGGGACAAGGAUGGGAAUCUCCUGAUGGAUUCGUACGACACUUGAGCUCUUCCUCCAGGCUGGAGUUCGUCAAGGGCUCCUCCUCGGGUUUAGUUUCACGGAAAUCGCGAACUCGCAUCGUUACUCAUUGCGCACUCGCAAGCGUUGCAACGCAAGCUGCCAGUAAAAUGUUGUGUACAGAUACUAUUUUUAUACGGCGAAUGACGAGCGAAUGAUGAAUGAAUGUUGCGAGUGAAGGUAAUGUUGAGAAUAAAGAGUAAAUUUGUUCGACAAAU